GGAUUUUAGAUAACGAAAUAAACGUUUCCUAUCUACGGUAUUAAAAACGUUAUCUGCGCAGGACCCCGUACAUUAAUACGUGAAACUUUUAAAUGUUGUUACCGGCCUUCAAAAACAUGGAACCCGCAUUCGAGAACGCCGGUAAAAAGGAAGGCAUCGAAAUAUGGAGGAUUGAGAACUUCAAACCAGUACCAUACCCAACCAAUGACUAUGGUAAAUUCUACACCGGAGACUCCUACAUCAUCCUGAAGACGUCAAAAAGCCUCCGCGAUUGGGACUUGUUCUUCUGGCUGGGCAAGGAGACAACGCAAGACGAGUCCGGCUCGGCCGCAAUCCUCACCGUCGCCUUGGACGACCAGCUUGGCGGUGGUCCGAUAGAAUACAGGGAGAUUCAGGAGCACGAGUCCCAGAAGUUCCUCUCGUUGUUCCCCAGAGGCAUCAGGUACUUGCCUGGUGGUGUCACUUCCGGGUUUAAUACGUACGUCGAAACCAAAGAGACGAGGCUCUUCCAUGUCAAAGGCAAAAGGAAUGUCAGGGUUAAGCAGGUCACUCCUAACAUUUCUUCUAUGAACCAAGGCGACUGUUUCAUUUUGGAUACUGGGGAUUUGAUUUAUGUUUAUAUAGGUGAGAAGAGUAGGAACAUUGAGAAGAUUAAGGCCAUUGAAGCGGCUCAGGCCGUAAGAGAUCAGGACCACGCAGGAAAAUUGAAAAUAGAAAUUGUUGAUCAAUAUAGCCCAGAGGAAGAUUACUCUAACUUCUUCAAUGCCUUGGGAGGUGGUAGCAGGAGCGCAGUACCAGAUGCCACCGACGAUGACGAUCAACUAUUCGAACUGGAAGAGGAGAACGUCAUCAGUUUGUACCAAGUAUCCGACGCUUCAGGCAACCUGGAUGUCAAAAAAGUUGGAGAAAAACCGCUUGAACAGUCAAUGCUGGACAGUGACGACUGUUUCAUCCUGGACACAGGCGCCAUCGUUUUCGUAUGGAUUGGCAAAGGCUGCACUCCUCAAGAAAGACGCGAGUCCAUGAACAUCGCCGACAAGUUCUUGAAGUCCAAGAACCGUCCGCAGUGGACUAAAAUUCAAAGAAUUAUUCAAGGUACCGAACCUGGUGCGUUCACCCAAUACUUCGUUAAAUGGAGGGCUACCACUGACCGCAAGAAGACUUUGGUCCGCGCCGACAGCACUCUCUCCGAUGCCGACUGGGAACCUAGACUGAUACACGCCAUGAUUCCCACCAAAGGAGGCAAAUUCAAAAUUGAAGAAUUAUUCGACUUUACACAGAGCGAUCUUAACGAAGAUGAUAUCAUGUUACUGGACCACGGUCCUAAACUCUUUGUUUGGAUUGGUAAAGGUGCAGAUGAAGAGGAGCGUGCUCAAUGUGAUAAACUUGCACAGAACUACGUUAAGAGUCUGGCACGUAGCGGUGUGGUUAUUAAAACCGUCCAUCAAGGACAAGAACCUGCUGACUUCAAAAAGGGAUUCCCAUCUUGGGAUCCAACGCUGUGGGACAACCAAGUGAGCUACAGAGAUAUCGUUAAGAAUUAAACCAAAGAACUUGUGAUUGUCUGUUUUUAUUCUUCAUUCAUUCAUAUUUUAUCAGUGUUAUAUUAAAUGUUAUUUUACUAUAUUUAUAUUAUGGCAAAUUUAUAUACUUAUAAAUAAACCAUUAAAAACA